AUGUCUGGAAACAACUUCAUCACUGUCCCAUCCCUGGUUGAUUCAUCCCAGGGCGUGGAUAAGGAAGAGAUGUUCAACCAAGCCCACGCAAUCCUGGACUCUCUCGAAGCGCCCAUCUCCAGACUCUAUGACUUGAAAGCCUUUGUUGACAGCCUCCAGCACAACCCCGAGACGGCGCAUCUUGGCCCAGGUCCUGAUGUCUCUAUAACGGUAAACCUAACCAUGGCCCAUUACGUCCACGAGCUGGUAGAUGAGCCUCUGUUUACCGGCCAGGCAUUCAAGCAACCCUUGCUGUUUGACAAGUUGGUCCACAAGAUCACACAAAGUAUCAAUACUGACAUGCAGCAACUCGAGGAGUUUGCCACGCGGGCUCUUGGUCAGCUUCCUGACCAGAUUCCCUCAGCCCAGGGUCGAGCAAGCGGCCAGAUGUAUCUUGAACUUGCCAGCUUGCUGGGUUCUUCUCAGCUGCCGUCGCUGAAGUCUUCAUUCAGCAAAAAGUCCCAGACCGAGAUCAAGCGGCAGGCUCAGGACCUUGUAAAGUCCCUUGGACGUCAACUUGAUAGAGUCAAGGCUGUGGCACUGGAGCAAGUCGCCCGUGGUCAAGGCAACUUCUAUACCUGGGGGUUCCAUGAUCUUUACGAGGUCUCAGAAGACCUAGCUCUAUUGCGUGGAUAUGUAAAGAAGUCUCAGCGCAACAACCGAACUAUUAGCAAGUUCAUGGCUAGCAAACUGGAUCGAGUUGCAGCCAACCUCGACUGCCACAUGAGGGCUUUGAUGGUGGCUCACAGCGAUGUUCCAACGACGGGGACUCCCACGGAACGACGCAGCCUGAACGAGAUUCUCCGCCGGUGUGAUAAAGACCAUGACGCUGUGGAGUAUCGUUUUGAUGACCAGCACAGUUUGGUGAAUGAGCUCCAGGAUCAAGCUGAUCCACGCAUAGUCGAGGAGACGGUUGGCUGCGUCGAUGCUCAAGCCAUCUCAACACGUGUGGAAGGCCUUCACAGUCUACUGCGUGGAGCUCGGUCCAUGAACGAGCCCUAUGCAAAGACGCUGGGAGAGAGUUUCUUUAGGAACGCCCUCGGGAUUCUUCAUGGUCUUGUCAAGGCUGACAUCAAGUCGCUCGAAAGGCUCAACUCGAAUCUCAGAAUCCUGAGCCCUGACCCGGCCGAGGCUCAGGCUGAGGCUUGCCGUUUGAAGCACGCAAGGUUGUUUUAG